AUGCUACCACCUGACCACCCACACUUCUCGCAGCUAUCAGAAGAGACAAUUCUCGAUCUACACCAAGGAAAACAAAACAGUAAUCGGUCAUCUAGUCGAGGAACCAGUUCACAAAGAGGCGAUGGGGAUCAAAGAAGGACAAGAAGCUCACGAAAUCUAAUGUCAUUUCUUGAUAAAGAUAAAAGCAGAGGAAAGGACAAAGCGGCUGGAGGUAAAAUAGGAGGAAAGCAUACACGCUCAAAAUCUUCUACCAGCAUACCUAGUAUCUUUUCACGGGCAGGUUCUUCCAAGAGCAAGAAAGAUCUUGACACUGAAGAACAAGUCGACAAGGAAAACAGAACGCCACCUCCAGCUCCAAUCUGGGCACAAUUCGCCACACAAGCUGUGCCAGGAAGCUCAAGUACGACUAAAGUUCCGCUUAACGAUGAGCGCACUAGAGAAGAGGAAGCCGAAUUGUAUUCUCCUCAAGAUUAUUCUCCGUCGAAGCAGAGGCACUAUCCCAUCAAUCAACAGCCCACCCUUGGAAGAAGGUCUCAGCAGAAGCCUCGUCCCAAGUCAGAAUGCUUGCCGGGUAAUGACACCCGUAACAUUCUUCUGGAUACAGUAUCUGGCUCUCGUCAGGACCAGUCGCAGAGUCAGGUCUUGAAAGCUGCAGGUAGGGGUCGGAAAUCAUGCUCAGAUGAAAGAGGGCGUAAAAUGCCAGUGGAAGGCGAAGACGGAACGAGUAGUAUUGUCCCUGGGCUCACAGUCAGUAAAAGGGGUUCUAGAGUGAUGGCUGCUGUCGCAGUAUUCAAUGGAAAGUCGAAAGAUCUCAAGAAGAACGAAAUGAGUGAUCAAGGAAAACAUUGUGAUACUCGACCACUUGAUCCGAAAGCAGUUGAGUCAGCUUUCGAAUCGCUACUGGAUGCAAGGAAUGUUCCUCAAAACACGAAAGAUAAAAUGAGGUCUUUGGACACAACUAUCAAAGCAGAUCUAAUCAAACAGGACAGGACGGGCUCGGGCUCAUCAUCCAGCGCUGAGGGUAUGCAACAUAGUCGAAAGCCUAGCUUAGGUGAGCGAUCAAGGACUGACUGUAGCCUCCCUGGAGACUCUGGUGGGACGUCAGACUCUGGUGGUUUUGAGACUCGCAAAAGCUCUCGGCCUCGCAGUCGUACCUUCACUUUCAACAAAGGCGAGGGAUCACCUACGAAGAAGCGUAAAUCUGAGCGAUCUCGUUCGCGUCAGCGACCCCAGCCAGGCGAGCUGCAAAACUCAGAAUCCUCUUGGUCACUUAGUGGUGGAGAUGCGUCCAGAAAGGGUUCUUUCGGUCUGUUCAGCAAAGCGAACGUGUUUACGACGCCGGAUGACUGCAUCAAGUAUCUCAGGGAUGUGAAGAUGCCGCAAUCGGUAGAGGUAGGGAAGAUCCAUAAGCUGCGGCAACUGCUGAGAAAUGAGACGGUGGAGUGGGUGAACAAUUUUAUCACUCAGGGAGGUAUGAUCGAAAUCGUCGAUCUCGCGUUCAGAACUAUGGCGGUAGAGUGGAGGGAGGAUCAUGAGGAUACGCUGCUUCACGAGACCCUCUCAUGCCUCAAGGCUCUCAGCACAACGUCUCUUGCUCUAGUGACUCUGACCAAAAUCCACGGCGAUCUAUUCCCUGCUUUGAUCAGAUUGCUAUUCUCAGAGGAGAAGAAAGGCCCGAGUGAGUUCACGACACGUACUCUCAUUAUUGGCCUUUUGCAAUCAUAUCUCUCCAGCGCCCCGACACCCGAUAUUGCGACUCGAGCGCGCAUACUACUCGCUUAUCUGAAAGAUCCUUCCAAGCCCGAAGAAGCCCAGCCUCUUGGUUUCAUAGUUUCCAUGCACCAUCCACGACCAUACAGAAUUUGGCAAAAGGAAAUCUCAGAUGUUACCAAGGAGGUUUUCUGGAUAUUCCUUCACAACAUGAAUAUCGUUCCUUACCCUGAUCAGCCCUUGGACGGAACUUCGACAUAUAAGGACCGUCAUUUUCCAAAACCACAUCCUCCAAUUCCUACAGCGCCUUACAUUGGUGGUGUAGAAUGGGACGCCACCACCUAUCUCACCACGCAUCUUGAUCUGUUGAACGGCAUCCUGGCAGCUCUACCUACUACUGAUGAGAGGAACGCCCUCCGUCAGGAACUUAAGGAUUCAGCAUUUGAGAAAGUCAUGGGCGCAAGCCUUCGGACAUGUAAAGAAAAAUUUUACGGAAGCGUUCACGAGGCCUUGAGCACUUGGGUUGGCGCGGCUCGAGAAGAUGGAUGGAAUGUUCAAGGCGUACGAGAGGGUGCUCUUCCAAAGACUGCACCUAACAGCCCCAAAAAAAGCGCAAGUCCAGCAAAGAAAGAGAAAGGUAAGGGAGACCCUCCAAAGUUGGACAUGCCAAAACUGGAUCUAGGUGCAGGCAUCGGCGGAGUGGCAGUGUCUGCCGAUCAAGGUGGAUGGCUUUAA